AAACUUGACUUCUCGUUAUUCUCAUUUCUGUUUUUCUCUCUGCGUUUGCGCCUCGGAACCGCAGACAGAUUGCAGCAAAAGCAAAGUAUUGUUGUGCAGUUUCAUUACAGCAUUCGGUGAAAGUGGAGAAAGAGCAGAACUGAGCGCAUUCCAUAUAAAAUAAGCAUAACAAUUACAAUUCAUUUCCCUCCAUUCACGCACACUUGCUAACCGGGGAAGUAAACAAAUUGCUAUUGUAUAUUGUCCCCUGUCUGCGUGUGAAUAAUAGGUAAGGCAUAAUGUGCUCGUGGCCAAAAUCAAUGGGGCUACUCUGAACGCCAGCAAUUAUCAGUAUCACUCGGUAGUGGAGCAACGAACACCAUCCGAUUCCCGGAUCAUAGAAAUAUUUCUUCAAGACUCGGAUAUGGUUAAGGUAUGGGGCACAAAUUUGACCGCCAUAACCUGGGCCCAUGCGGUCAACAGUCAAUCAUUACUGGACGAGGUCCUCACCGAAACAGGUAACAUCGACUUCAUCGAGGCCGAUAUUGUUCUGGGCAAACUAAAUGGCGAGGGUGAGGAUAUGCCAGUGAUGGCCCAUCCGCCGGCCAUUAUUUCCGAUCUCACACUGGCGGAAUUCCUUAAACAAAUCAUGGCAUUUAACCGGGAUCACGAGGGUCAGGAAAAGGGCGUCAAACUCGACUUUAAGUCGAUCGAGGUCUUCGAGGGCUCCCUAGACAUCCUGGACGAGAAUGUUCCUAACAUGUUAGGUUACCCUGUUUGGAUAAACGCCGACAUCCUGAGUGGUCCCGUGGAUCAGAAUAAAACAGUGCCCGUGGAUGCGAACCGCUUCUUCGCCGGCUGCAUGCGCUAUAAGCAGGCCGCGCUCUCGAUUGGCUGGACAACCAAUUGGGGCGCCGACUUCCGGGAUGGGGAGUACACACAGGAUCAAUGCGAUGCCAUGCUUGAGUCACUGACUGCCAACAAUGUCCUGGCCACCGGUCAGGCUAUCACCUUUCCCGUCCGCGCUGGCAUCGCCGCCAACAGCGAGGAGCAACUGCAUCGACUGGUUGCCGCGGUCAACGAAACGAAUGAGAGCACCCUGACCAUCUGGUCAUCCGACGGCGACUAUGUGGAUGUGGACAAGCUGCGCAAGUUGAUCUUUGGGUUUGGGGUGGAACGAGUCUACCUCGACGUUCCGGAGGAGCUGGCCUCGCGAUUGGAUCUGGGAAAUUCGGACAGCGGUGCCAGCACCUUCAGGUCCCUGUUUGGAUUCAGUUUCGUCAGCCUCUGCUUUUGGGCUUUAUCCAGCUGGCUUCAGCGGAUAUAAUGGUGUUUAGUAGGUGUUUAACAUAGUUACAGUUGUCAAGUGGAUUUAACAAUAAAUAGUUUUUAUAAACAUUU